AUGGAUCUCUCUACCAGUGCUGUGGUCUUCUUGCUCCUCACCUGCCACCUCUGUGAGGCAGGAGAUCGAAAGUAUAAUUCAGUCCUCAUGGUGUCCAAUGGCGGGCAGUGGGGAGAAUGGGGAAAAAUUGAAUUCUGUCCCAAAGGACAUGCAUACGGAUUCUCACUGAAGGUAAAGGUUUCAGAAGGAUUAGUAACUGAUGAUUCUUCCCUCAAUGGCAUCCGUCUCCAUUGCAGUAGUGGUGGAGUUGUACAAUCGACUGUCGGACCGUGUGGAGUGUGGUUUGAGGGUAAGAAAUGCCCCAAGGGCUACCUGGUUGCCUUCACUCUGAAUGUGGAAGCCCCACAAGGGCCAGCUGAUGAUACAGCAGCCAACAACAUCCGGUUCACAUGUGGAGAUGGGACUGUACUGGAGGGCCAGUCCACUGAGUUCGGUACUUAUGGCGACUGGAGCAAGCGCUGCCCCACUGGUGCCAUCUGCGGGAUCCAAACAAAGGUGGAGGGUAUAACUUCAGUUGAUGUCACUGGACUUAAUGAUGUCAAGUUCUUCUGCUGUGACUGAAUCACCUGGGCUUCAUCCUGCUACAACACAGCUGCCUGUGUUCUAAUGGU